ACAGACCCGGAAGUGGGGCGGUUACUGCUGUUUUGCUGUCGAGUCACCUCUGUGUCAGGAUGGAGGAAAACGAACCGCUAUCAUGCUAAAAAAGAAGGAUCCCAACAAGAUAACGACCUAGAACACCACAACCUGACGCGAGUUAACGUCGAAAUUUUACCAAUUUUCUCAAAACGUCGUUUUUGUUUACAUUUUUGCCAAAAUGAUGGAAGAAAUCGACAGGUUCCAAGUGCCUCCAGUAAACGGAGAGACACAGCCAUUGGACCCAGCAGCAUCUUCCACCUCUGAGCCCAACCCUGACAACAAGGGUGAAACUGUGGCCCUCAACUACAAACCCUCACCACUGCAAGUCCAAAUAGAGAAACAGAGAGACCUUGCCAGGAAAGGAUCAGUGAAGAAUGGCACAGUGGGCAGUCCUGUCAAUCAGCAACCUAAGAAGAACGCCAGGACAAGGUUGGUGGUGCCCAACAAAGGUUACUCUUCUCUUGACCAGAGCCCAGAUGAGAAACCCCUGGUGGCGCUGGACACAGACAGUGAUGAUGACUUCGACAUGUCCAGAUACUCCUCAUCAGGAUACUCCUCAGCCGAGGUGAGAUGUCUGAGGGACCAGCAAAUCAACCAGGACCUGAACAUUCAGCUCCUCAAGGACGGAUACAGGCUGGACGAGAUCCCUGAUGACGAAGACCUGGAUCUGAUCCCGCCUAAAGCAGUUAACCCCACCUGCAUGUGCUGCCAGGCUGCUCCUUCCACAGCCUGCCAAAUCCAGUAGCACCAUUUGUUUUUCCUGCCAGUGGCUCUUAGGGCCGGUGGCAGGAACAGCCCGGCUGCAAGGAGGAAAAACUAUCAGCUCGAACAGAGGGAACACAGAGAUGCGGCAAGGAUAUAUGAGAGCCAGAAGAAGGAAAACGCAGACGGUGAAGUCUUGGCGAAAGGAGUCAUUGUGUCCGUGCACGGUUCCUCCUAUGGUAGGAUCUGUGCGUCUCACUUCUGCGUUGUUGGUUCAGUGGUGACUCGACUGAUGGCAGAAACUUUACCUCUAAUGACAACACCUCCCCUUCGCUUCCCCUUUGUCUGCUCUCCUCUUGUCUGUGUGGAUUUCUUUGGUUUACAGGGACCGUCAAGGACUGUGCCACAUCUGGAAAAACAGAAACAGAACAAAAUAAAUAAAUAAAUAAAAGACAGGACCCGUGAAGACGUGCAUGUAGUGGUGACAAGGUUCCUGUUCUGCUUGUGUAUCACUAACUGGGAGAUUUAACGGACAGGAGAAGUUAGGACAUUUCUAGUGUGCACAUUGUUAGUUGGGUUUAUAGUCUCUUGCUUGUUGACACAGUGGUGUAAUGGCUAGCAUUGUUCUCUCAGAGCAGGAAGUCAAAACUUCUAAACUGUAGGUGCAGUGUUUCCUCUCAAGAGUUUUAGGCAGGUAGAGUCUCCCCCCGCGGCCCUCCCCUCAUACCUCACCUCUGCUGUUCCUGCCUGUUUUUAUCUCCUCCUUGUUAUUAUAAGUUAUUGAGAGAUAUUUACUGUAUAAUAACCAGGAUACACACACACAUACACACACAGUGACACAGGUUUCAUCAAACUAUUACGCUUCCUACAGACGUAUACUAUGACAACAAGUUUCGGGUACAUCAAGUGUAAUACCCCUUUAUGAUAGGAGCCACUGCCAUGCUGAUUACUAAGGAUGCAUCGGCUGGUAUUAGCAUAAUUACGUAAUGUGUAUGUUCAGUUCGGUAAGAAUCGUUAUUGGUUUUUCCUCUGAUAAUGAAAGCCCGAUAACUCAAUGCCUGGGUUUGGCCCAGAUGCUGUGACCUAAAAAUAUAUUUGAAGUGAGGGUUUGAGGACAUGGCCAAGGACAUCAACCCUGUGGCUCUACAUGUCAUCUGUGAUAGGCUUCGUUUCCUCAAGUUCGACGAAUGAAUAGAUGAGUACAAACAAGUUUUAGUGACACUUCAUAGUAUGUUUUAGAAGGGUUGUAUCUACUGUACAAACACACUUUCCAUAAAAAUUGGUACACUUCAUCAAAUACUGAAACUUGGAAGAAGCUAUGAAUCUGAUACCUUCUUUUCUCCUCCAGCAUGCCACAAAAUCCAAAAAGUAGGAAGUGGGGAACAUACGUUUUUUUUUUUAAAGGUUCCUUUUAAUAGCAGGUAAGAACGGAGACGGAGUUUAUUCAGACUGUGCUGAACUUUAUGAACAAAAUAGUCUGUCCUCUUUAAAACGCUAUAUCUGUCUGGUAUUGAAGAAUGUAGUGCAAUAUUGAAUCAAACAACAGUGACCACCGACUUUUGUGCCGUGUUAACUUAUCUGUACAUGGAGUUUCUACAAAGACAACUUGCAAGAAUCCAGAUAAAUGUCAUUACAACUGUGUGAACUGAUGUAAAAAUAUGACUUUCUUCCUCUGAGUCCACAUGCUAACCCCUUCACCGCUGUGCUGUCUCACUCGCCACACUUAACGUUUGUGCUGUUUGAAUGUUCAGCCAGGAUUUAACUGGUCACUGGUUUCAUUUCAGAGAAAAUGAAAACAAACAGUUUUGCAUGUUGCCUGUUGUCACUGGUGACUGUUGACCAACAUGUGCAGGUAGUCCACCAGGAAGACCCCACGUUGUUAUAGUCGUACUACCUGAGGUCCACUACGCAUUAUUAUUUAGUAGUAUUUAUGUUCACCCUACUGCAGUGUGUAUGUAGUGCAGGGCCUGCUCAGCAGUUAGUGUUUAAUUCAUCAUUUUAUUGAUACUCAUCACAGAAACAAUGGUUUUGGUGACUGCUUUAAAUAUGUGCAAAACCUUUACAUGAGGGUGUUGUAAAGCCAGAGAACAUAUAGAAAGAAACUUUAAUUUGCUAAUGAUAUGAUGAAAUAGGAUUUUGUUUUUAUACUUAGAUGCCAUUGAAAGUUAGACUUUUUGCUUGUUUUUAAGUUUAGUUUUAGUUUUUAUUUUAAUGUCUGUUUUCUUUGUGCUCACUGCCCUUGACGUUCUGAUGUGGGAACAUUAACUGUGUAUGUAGCACUCGUUUGUCAUGAUGUCAAAAAGGGAUUAUUUGUUGUUCUAUAAGCUGUAAUAAUUGAUUAUCAUGUUUACAUAUCCACAACUCUGCAAACAGCAAGUGUCAACUGAAUUUACUGGAUGUUCAAGCUGGGUUUCCCAUUUUUUUUAUAACAAUCUCUCUUCUUAGGCCAUACUUCAAAGCUAAAAGAACAUGACACCAUAUGCAGUAACAUAUAGGAAAGAUUGCUGUUAGCGCUACUACGACACUAAGCAUGUGUGCACUUUACAUUGUGUUCUAAUGCAUCCGUUUUGCUAACGUCUAAAAUCUGGUGUUUAUGGAACUUCUAUCUUCUUCUCAAAAUCCUAUUUUCUUUCAUAUUUUUUUCUCAAACCUGUGAGUGACAACGGGAAACUUGAUCGACCCUCAGCUCAAACUACAUUUGACUUCGUUCGUGUUUGUUCCCAACAUGGUGCCAUACUGUAGGUGUAGAUAGUGUAUUAAGGAGAAACGGGCACAGCAGUUCACGUUGUAUGUUUUGUGUUGUGUUAGCCCAAAAGCUGUGGACACCUCUGUACCAUAUCAUUGAUGAGAGGCAGACAGUGGGUCUGACUGUGGGCUUACAGCCACUAACAUGAUCCUGACACAUUGCCAUACAUUAAAUAGAUUGUGCACGACUCCUGCACAGUGUUGCGUCACUUGAGGUGUAGCCUAACCAGAGAUUGGAAACAAAAAUAAUUCUUUUUUUUAACAAGUUAUUUAUUUGCAGAUGGGUUUUUUUUUAUUUAUUUAACAUGCAUUGAAAAUAUCACAUACUGAUGCUUUUUAUUUGUCAGAUGUUUAUGUGGACUGGCUACGUUUAGAUUUUAACUGUUAAAGUUCUGUGUUAUAGUGCAACAUACAAAAAAUAAAUAUUAGGUAU